AUGGGAAGUGAAGCAACGACUUUCAUACUGGAUGUUUCUCCAUCCAUGAUUAAUAUGGGGUAUACAGAGCAGGCCUUUGCGUACCUCGAAUAUGUGCUGUUCAUGAAGGCUAAAAAGCAGAGAAAGACGGAUUGGAUUAGCUGCUUCCUAGCCAACUGUGCCGAAACUCGUAACAACCAUGAGACGGAUAACGUAUUCGAGCUACUACCGUUUACCGCACCCAUAUCCUCCAGUAGGAUUAUUGAAGCCCUUCGGGAAUUGCAGCGGGUCAUUGACCAGGAUGUUAAACAGCAAACUCGCGUGAACUCCAUGGUACAGAGUCUCUUAGUUUCUUCCGUAAGUAUGCGAGAUGAGUUCAAAAAACGCAAGAUAAGGAAACAGAUCAUGGUCUUCACAGAUGAUCUCAACGGCCUUGACAUGACGGAUGAGGAGCUGCGAACAUUGGAACAAGAGAUGGACUGUCGAAUAGUACUGGUGAUUUGUGGGGUCAAGGAAGAGGAAAGCAAGACUCUGGGGAAUACUACGUGGGAAAAAUGCAUUGAAAUCAUUCCAGGCUCCGUACAGACAACAAUGACGCAGCUUUUACAAGAAAUCACCACGCCAAUACCCGCCACGGUAAAACCAGUGAGGGUCUUUCAAGGGAGCUUGCGCUUGGGUGCUCCUAUCGCAGAUGCCAAAGAUGUAAAACAAGAGCAUGAUUCUAUUUCAAUCAAGGUAGAGGGAUAUCCGGCAACUAAGGCCGUCUCUAGUUUAAAUCGUCGCGUCGUCGCCAAGGCCGAUGAUGGUCGAUAUGAGCCCGUAAAAUCAAUAAUUGAGUAUGAGGCCAUCGAUCAUAUAAGCGAUGAUGAAGGCGACAAUGAUGCGGACCAGCAUGGUGAUCAUCAUGACACACCUACAGUGUCAGUCGCUAGAGAUUCCGUCAAGAAGGCGUAUCGGUACGGGUCAGCGUAUGUCGUCUUGCCGCAAGCCAUUGAAUCGGAACGUAUUUAUCAUACAACACCGGGUCUCGACAUACGUGGAUUUGUCGGUAGAGAUGAUAUUCCAAGGCAUUUUUUGAACUCCGAGUCGACGUUUAUAGUACCGUCUACGAGGGAUGGAACGCGCGCUGAUUCCUUCGCGCUUGCUGCGUUGGUGGAUUCAAUGAUACGGCUUGACAAGCUGGCAAUUGCAAGAUAUGUGCAGAAGUGUGACAGUGAGGUUCAAAUGUGCGUGCUAUGCCCACUUUUAGUUUCCAAAAAACGAAAGUCUAGUGGUGAUACAUCUUCUUACAUGCAUGCUCUUGUUCUAAGCAGGCUGCCGUUUGCUGAGGACGAGCGAGUUUCGGAUUAUCCUAAGCUGCGUAAUAGCGCUAGUGACGGAACGCCUCAAACAACGGAGAUCGAUGCACUGAUGAGCGAUUUCAUUGACUCACGGGACCUCGGACAGGGUCCAAAAACUACCUGGUGCUCUACGCCGUUAUACCAAUCCCUGAACUCUACUGCCGAGGCCACGGACCCCACGUUACCAAUACCAAUGGAAGGCAUCACAGAUACACCACGUGAGUGUGAUGUUUCUGCCGUACCUGCGAUAGGCAUACACCGCCAGCAGCAAAUUUUGAUCGAGUACAUGCACCAGCGGAUUGUGCGUGGGUCUGAAAACUUCGAAAUGCCGGACUUGCCUGCUGUCUACAAAUGUUUACUAAAUCCCUCUCACGACAGUGAUAAAGAUUCUACGAAGCGACUUCAAGAGCUCUUGGCAAUCAAAAUAAACACUUCGAAGUCUUCCAGUGUGGAUGCUAUGGAUGAGCAGCAAGAAGAUGACGAGCAAUUUGAUAUACCGUCUCUCGAAAGCUUAUUGGCUAGGGGCAGAGCUUGA